AUGGAACCCUUCAACAACCCGAACAAUCCCAACAACCCGACCCAACCUAAUGUUUUCUCGGUUCCGGCAUAUUAUCCGACGCUAGAACCGAACCAAUUCUCGCAAUAUUCAUCAAAUGCGUUUGCAUCAUUCCAACACUCGCCAAACCAAUUCGCUCAAUUCUCUCAAAAUCAAGCCCUUCAACAAAUGAUGUUGCGGGGUGCUUAUAAUUUCCCACCGAACCCGACACCACCCGUUCAACCCCAACCGAUCCCGACGCAACCCUUUCAACAAUCCGAACCCGACGACGAUGUGGAGGUUGUUCCCGAAACCCAACCGGCUAAAGGAAAAGGAAAACGAAACAAAGGCAAGCAAGUGGUUGGUGAGCAAUCGUCAAAACCGAAGUCGACUAAGUGGACGCCAAUCGAAGAAGAAGCCUUAGCCAAGGCUUUAAUAGCCACGUCUAACAACAAGACAAAAGGUAAUAAUCAAACGGGUGAUGGGUUUUGGUCCAAGGUUUUGGCGAAGUUCCUCGACCUUAUGGACCAAGGCCUGUAUCGUGAUAUCGACUCGGUGUCGUCAAAGUGGCGGAAAUUGAACUCGGCCGUCAAUAGGUUUUGCGAGGAAUAUAAUAAAAUAUAUACAAGUGGGCGUCGUAGCGGCAUGAGCGACGACGAUGUUUUCAAACAAGCUUUGGACAAGUAUAAGUCGAACAAUGGAACCGAAAUGGUCACCGAUUCCCAACGAGGUGGAGAUGGCGAAACGCCAAAAAAAUCGGAAACGGGUAGUUUUAGCACCGGUGGAUCGGACGCGAGGUGUCACAUAAACUUAAAUGAUGACGCCGACUUUGACGAAGAGGAGUACGCCGUACAUGAAGCGGAGCGUCCACCGGGCCGAGACAAAUCAAAUAAGGAGCGGGCCAAGGGGAAAGAAAAGGAAAAGGUGGACCCGAAGAUGGAAGAGUUUAUGGAAAACUUAAAAAUGUACAACGAAGUCUCGGCCCAAAAGACGAAGGCGAAGGAGCGGGCCGUCGAAGAAAAAGCUCGUGUAGCGGAAGAAAAGUUACGCGAGAAGGUCCGAUUGUCGAAUGAGAAAAUCAGAAUUUCGGAUGAAAAAAAUCGGCUCAAGGAAUGGGAAAUGAUAACGAUGGAUGUCGAUUAG